AAAACCGCUCGAUUAACGCUUAUAGGUCAUACGUAAGCUAAUCGUAAGCUGCUACAAUGGCUGACAGCCGAGAAGUUGGUGAGAAAGGUGAGGAAAUCGCCCCCCUCCCACCCCACUCUGAGCAGGAGCCAGGUAGAACUGCAGGGUUUGUGAUUGUUGGAGGCGGAAUUGCGGGGGUUACCUGUGCCGAACAGCUGUCCGCCUUGUCCCCAGAUGACCCCAUCACCCUGCUGUCAGCCUCUCCUCUCAUCAAGUCUGUCACCAACUUCAGGCAGGUUGGUCGUGCGAUGGAGGAGUUUGAUGUUGAGGAGAAGACGACCGGAGCUCUACAGAAAGCCUGUCCUAACGUCAGGGUGGUGCAGGCACUGGUCAAGUCACUGGACACAGACAAACAUGAGGUGUACACAGAAGAUGGGGAGACGUUUCCCUACACCAAACUGUGCAUCUGUACCGGAGGCCAGCCCAAACUGAUCACGAAGGACAACCCUCAUGUCAUCGGGAUCAGGGACACAGAAACUGUACAGCACUUUCAGCAGAAGUUGGCCAAUGCUAGGAGAGUCGUUAUCGUCGGAAAUGGUGGCAUUGCACUUGAACUGGUCUAUGAGAUCGAGGGAUGUGAAGUCGUUUGGGCGAUCAAAGACGACUCUAUUGGAAACACCUUCUUCGACAGAGGGGCAGCCGAAUUCUUCCUGCCCCACCUGACGGCAGGCAAAUGUGAAGAAAAGAAGCCCCUCAAGAGGCUAAAAUACACCCUUACAGAGUCAUCUGUGGACAGUCCAAAGAAAGGAGAAACAGCGAUGGGAGGGGCACUUGGACCUGACUGGAAGGAGGGAUGGAGAAUGAAGGGGAAACAAGAUCAGGUUGCCCACCAAGUCCAUGUGGAGUACCAGUGUGAGGUGCAAGAGGUCCUCACUAGAGAAGAGUUCAACAGAUUAGGUCAAGCUGCAGAACACUUUCCCGGGACAUCAAGAGCAGAGGAACAGAAUGUUGCAGAUGAUUGGCCAGUCUAUGUGCUGUUGACCAAUAAGAGACUGUAUGGCUGUGACUUUGUAGUCAGUGCUACGGGUGUGGUUCCCUCAACUGGUCCCUUCCUCCACAAUACACAGUUUUGUGUGGCCCCAGACGGGGGUUUAAGAGUGGAUGACCACAUGCACACCUCGGUCCCUGAUGUCUACGCAGCUGGGGAUGUCUGCACUGCAUCAUGGGAACCUGCACCACAGUGGUUUCAGAUGAGGCUGUGGUCCCAGGCCAGACAGAUGGGUUCCUAUGCUGCCAAGUGUAUGGUGGCAGACAGGGACGGGGAGGAGAUAGACUUGGACUUCUGCUUCGAACUCUUCGCACAUGUCACAAAAUUCUUCAACUACAAGAUUGUAUUAUUAGGAAGAUAUAAUGCACAGGGACUUGGGAAAGAUCAUGAGCUGCUACUCAGGUGUACUAAAGGUCUGGAGUAUGUGAAGGUGGUACUGCAGGCAGGAAGGAUGCAGGGGGCAGUGCUGAUCGGGGACACUGAUCUGGAGGAAACCUUCGAGAACCUCAUCAUCAACGGGAUGGACCUCAGUCCUUACGGAGAGGACUUACUCGAUCCUAACAUUGAUAUAGAGGAUUACUUUGACUAGGCAUACUCACACAACAGGGCUGUCUCCACUCAUUGUUUGUUGAUUUUCCUGGCUAAGUAUGUCAUUUUAAGCCUUUGAAAGUACAUUUUCGUAAUGCAAUUUUAGGACGGAUGGCAUUUUCCAUCCCUACAAGCACAUUUCCGUCCCGGGAUGGAAGGACAGGUCCUGAAGACAGCCCUGUAACAGACACACUAUCCUUUUUCUGUUCCCUGCCUUUUGAAGGUUUUAUGUACAUGUAGAUUAUUUAUUGUGUCCUGUACAUGGAAAGUGCCAAAGAUUUCUAAAGAAGUAGAGACAGAUGUUGUACAGAGAAAGUAUUUAAUCAUGUUGAAUUUGUGACACAGAACUCACACUACUUUAUGUAUUAAUAAAGUCAUGAAAAUUUAAAAUGCAAAACUCACAGUACUAUUGUCAAUCUAACUAUCUUUAUAGAUAUACAUUGUACAAAUGUAUCACACUUGUCAUUUCCAGAAAUUUGUAAUGGUACAGGUCUAAAAAUUUACAACCAAUCUUGCUACAAUUUCUGUUUUUUUUUUUCCAUUUCACCAACAUUUCCCGUAAGUGCCUGAUAAACAAAAUUAGAUUGGUGUGAGUUACGUUAAGAUAAAUGCCUUGUGCCAUACAGAAGGGUUUGAU